GGCGCACUUCUAUGGCAAUCUGCUUGGUAGCCUGUAGCCGGCCACGACGGUGUUGGUCCCAAGAUCCUGAGACUGUGCGCCUUACAUUUUCUCACAGAGCUGCGGCCCGGUCCGAAAAAACGAUAUAGCCAUUGAUCUCCUCACUGCGCGUUCGUGCCAUAGCAUCGUCGACAACUUUCCGCACAUCUACGUAGAGCAUGUACGGCGCUAUCAAAGGUGCCAUUGGUCAAGAAAACGAUGAGUCAACUCGCUAUCAGGAUCUUACCGGCCAUUUCGCCUACGCAGACGAAAUGAAAUCGGAGGAAGGCGCGCUGCCUCGCAGGCGAUCGAGGCCUCGAUUCGUUCUCGCUGGACUUCGCCACUCCGGCAAGACCAGCAUACAAAAAAUCGUUUUCUCAAACAUGUCGCCGAGCGAAACUCUCUUUCUAGAUCCUACAGAAAAACUUGUUAAAAACAACGUCGACAACAGCUUAUUCACUCAAUUUCAAAUAUGGGACUUCCCCGGCGAUACCGACUUUUCCGACCCUAACCUCGACUCCAAAUCCAUAUUCGAAUCCUGCGACUCUCUCAUCUACGUCAUUGACGCACAGGACAACUACAUCAACGCGCUCCCCCCCCUCGUCGCGAUAAUCUUGAGGUCCGCGCACUUCAACCCCGCCCUGCGCUUCGAGGUCUUCAUUCACAAAGUCGACAGCCUGUCCGCGGACAGACAGAUAGAGGUCCAGUGCGAAAUCCAGCAGUGCGUCUUCGAGGAACUCAGCGAAUCGAAGCUCGAAAAUGUAAAUGUCACGUUCUACCUCACUUCUAUUUACGACUAUUCAAUAUUCGAGGCCUUCUCUAAAGUCGUGCAGAAGUCAAUUCCCCAACUCCCCACUUUGGAAAACCUACUCGACAUCCUCAGCGCCAGCUGUCAAAUGGAGAAGGUGUUUCUGAUCGACACGAUGAGUAAAAUCUACAUUGCGACCGACUCCAACCCCGUCGACAUGCAAACGCUCGAGCUGUGCUCAGACAUGAUCGAUGUCGUUUUGAACCUGUCAUCGAUUUACAGCGGCAAGGAAGAAAGCGAAGCAAACCCGCUCUCCAGUCAAGAAUCGAAGACGCUGUCCGUCAUUCACCUCGACAACGAUAUGUUGCUCUAUCUCCGAGAAACCCAAAGGUGCUUGGCUCUGGUUUGUCUGUUUAGGCAGGAUCGAUUCAUCAAACCAGGAAUCAUCGAGUACAACUUCAGAACGUUCAAGACCUCUCUAUUCCAAGUGUUUCGGGUGCAGUUCGAGUCGGUCAGCGGGAAGCAGGAGUUCGCUCGGAGGUCAGACGAUUGACGCAUCCUCUCCUCUAAUGUUUCAUUUUUUUUUUUUGCUCAACUUUAUAGAAAUAAAAAAUUUUAGUUCACAAACA